AUGCUUUCAACAACACGGAGAAUCAAUGAUGCCGGUCAUGUUCAACGUCUACCUGAAGCUCAGUAUCAACAAGAAUUUUACCGCUGCUGUCACCUUCAUUCCAGUGGCUCAUUGAUUGCAUUUCCUGAAUUCGGUACAGCAAAAGGGCGGGUGGAUUUCUACAUUCCCGCUAAAGGAUGGGGGGUGGAACUUCUGAGAGAUGGCGACCAGCUUGCACAACAUUCAGGGCGGUUUUCGUCGCAAACUGGCUCCUAUGGAACCACUCUUUUUCUGGAGGAUUAUAUCAUCCUUGAUUGCCGCAAAACCCGACCCAGAGUACCUCACCCACACCUUCAAAAAUUAUACCAUAUUGUCUUUCAGGACCAUUUCCGCCAAGUGGAGAUUUUAAACUGUGAGCUUAAGGCAGUGCCCCGCGGAAAAUUUGUGCUGUUGGCGUCGUCGUGA